CGUCCCUGUCGUCAAGCUCCAUCUCAUCGCCAUCCGCUCGACGCCCAAGCAACAACACUCCUCUCGCCAACACAGCCAAGAGCUCGCAUCGAAAGCUUCAGAAACUCUUCGAUUUAGACUGCCCUGAUCAGGGCCACCCAUCUUCCACAAUGUCUGCGAGCGCAUACGACCGACACAUUACCAUCUUUGCCGACAAUGGCCGCCUCUAUCAAGUCGAGUAUGCUUUCAAGGCCAUCACAGCGGCAAACAUCAUGUCGGUAGGCGUGAGGGGAAAGGAUUGCGCUGUUGUCCUUUCCCAAAAGAAGGUGCCGGACAAGCUCAUCGACCCAGCGUCCGUCUCCCACAUCUUCCAGAUCUCCCCCUCCGUCGGUUGCGUCAUCACAGGAUCGAUUGCCGAUGCCAGGGCGUUUGCGCAACGAGCCCAAGGCGAGGCCGCCGAGUUCCGAUACAAGUUUGGCUAUGAGAUGCCCGCCGACGUCCUGGCGAAGCGAUUGGCCAACAUCAGCCAAGUCUACACGCAACGGGCGUACAUGCGGCCAUAUGGCGUGGCUACGACCAUCAUUGCCCUCGACUCCGAAUUCGGUCCGCAGCUAUUCAAGUGCGAUCCUGCCGGCUACUACAUCGGUUACAAGGGUACCGCGGCCGGCCCAAAGCAGCAAGAGGCUCUGAAUCAUCUCGAGAAGAAACUGCGCAACAAGGAACACGCCGAGGGCAGCUGGGAGGAGGUUGUUGAGUUGGCAAUCACGACCUUGAGCACGGUCCUGAGCAUGGACUUCAAGAAGGGAGAGAUUGAGAUCGGCAUCGUUGGAGGCCCGCGCAAGGACGGCAAGGAGGGGACCGACCCGUCAUUCCGCAUGCUCACCGAGGAGGAGAUUGACGACAGAUUACAAGCCAUUGCCGAGAAGGACUGAGGCUUCACCUGGCGUCGUGGGUGACGAAGCGUUUGGAAGUGCGACGUGGCGGGAGAGUCGCACCUCGUGUUCUAGUAGCCAAAGACAUGUGCAAUAGAGCCUAGCUGAUGCCCAAGUGUGUUGAUGCGUGAGACUAAGGGAGUCGGGGCCGCGUGGGUUUCGACGUCACAGCCCCCUUGAAGAGACAGCUCAGCGG